AAUCAUAUCCCCCCGAGUCGUGGUCGAGUCUCCACUCACAUCGAGGGGCUCCGACUGAACGACCACCCGACAACCCUGACCUCUUCAGCCGCGCUCACCCCAACCGGGUUUCUUCAACCAAGGUCGAACUAAGUACUCCGUGUUUCCCUGUUAAUCCACCAGGGGAAUCACUCUCGGCUGAUGUUAAUCCACGCAAGAAUAAUGACCCUUCCCUGAGGGAGACCAUCCGAGACAGACAUCCCGGUUUAGUCGCCACACCACUCAGAUCAAUCCGGGUGGCCUUACGCUUUCCAGACCCGGAGAGGCCCUUGUCCUGUGGUUAUUUGGAUUUCUAACUGCCUGGAAGCUCGCCUGCAUAAGGUCCAAAAGCUUAAAUCGCACAAAGCCCCCUCGAGUUCCUUGGCCAUGCCCUCGAAGAAUAUGGAUUCGGCCUGGAGACCGGCCCCCGACUCUCAAUCUCACGAAGGGGCUCGGUCUUCGACGGAAUUCUUAUGGGUGGACUGCCAAGAAGGAAAGUCGCAGAAUGCGGCGGUCGCUCGGACCACACAGGCUUUCUUGCAGACGAAAUAUCACAAAAUGCGGCGCAAAACGCAAUUACAACAAUUGAAAGCGUCCAUGAAAGCACUUCCCCCCUUGCAAUCUCCUCCAGUCACUACUUCCACCGAUGAGACUUUCUUGGAGAAAGACGACUAUCAGCUCGCAGUCAUUCAGAGCAAUAACCGCGUACAUCAAUGUCUUCAACCAAAGGUAGAAGAUAUUCUUCCUGCUGUAUCCGUACGCGUAAAACAGAGUGUGGAUUUCUACUUUGACUAUUUCCGGGCUCAAGGUUCACGUAGAUGGUACCCAAGGUGUCAAAGUGAAAUGCUGAACUGUAUACUUCGCCAAUCCUUCGACCGCCCUUCACUGAUGGAAGUCAUCGUGUCAAUGAGCGCUUAUGACUAUGCGAUGAAUUUCAAAGCACAAGCACCAGGCGCAUCGAGUCAAGUCGUAAAAAGAUCUCUACAAGACGCCUAUUAUAUACGGUCUCACGUUAUUCGGUCCAUCCAAGCGUCAGUGGAUAAGCCAACGGAGAUAAUCUCCGAAGCCGCAGUGCUGAUCAUUGGGCACCUGUUUGUUACAGAGGCACUGGAGGGGAACUGGGACGCAGUUGAGGCCCAUGGUGACGGUCUUCGAAUGAUCGUUGAGGCUUUAGGUGGUGUGGAAAGAAUAGGCGAGUGGCCUCUAGCGAAUAUCUAUUCCUGUGAUCCUAUACGAGGUCUUCUUAGGGAUUGCCCACCAAUCUUUGAUAUACCGAAAGCUUUCGAGACACAGGUUCUUGGAGCACUUACCGAGAGAGCAAGACCUAUUCGGAAAAGGUAUCCCCGACUUGGUACUUGCUUUUUCAAGUCUCCUAUUCACUCUCGCCUCAAAAUGAUGAUUGGAUCUCUACAAGAUGUCAUCUGUAUAUACGAGGAGACCCUUCGCUUGAACACAUAUUUGGCCUUGCCCGACCACAACGCUGCCCUGCUUCUAAGUAAUCGAAUUCAUUCAAUGCCGUUCGAUUAUGAUCUUUCUCCUUUCAAUGAGGCAAUCCGACAGACAAUCAUGCUUUAUAUUCUUACACGGAUAUGGGAAUUCCAAGCAAGUGUCGAAGGCCUUGUUCGAAAUCUACGCGAGCGCUUGGAGGAGAUUCUAGGAUAUCUAGAGAAGUCAGCCCCCGACCUUUUAUUCUGGAUUCUCUUCAAUGGUGCCUUUGCCUCUGCCAAAUUCGGAUGUCAUGCAUGGUUUGUCUCACGACUUCAAAGCCUCGCGAGAGAGUUAUCUCUUAGUGAGUGGGAAGACGUGGCUUCAUUGCUAGAAGGGUUCUUGUUCGUCCGUCGGGUCACGAAUGAGUCUGCGAAGGAAUUUUGGAAGGAGGUGAUGGUGGAGGUAGAUACUGAUUCCGUGGAAGGAGAUAAAAUAAUUAUACCGCAAUAAAUGCUCGCAUCCUCACCCUUGCA